AUGCCAGCAGUCCUCGGUUCGCGUCGCACCAUGUCCGCACCAUUAGGUGCGAAUCACAUUCGCGCGCGUUCCUCUCCCUAUCCAUCUCGCGCUUCCCUCAAUACGGUCAGUUCUAGGAAGGUAAGACGUGGCUCCGAUGGGUUACGCGCGAGAGGACGCCAGGUUCUCGCUGAGAUUGACUGGUGGACCAUCAUGGCUGGCCAGUUGCCGGGAUCUGGGUCUGAGUCGUCUGCAGAACCUUCGGAGAGUGAUACUUCCUCCAUGUAUACCCAGGAAGAAACCAUCACGUCUGAGGAUGAGACGGAGAGGUUGGGCUUUGUGAUGGACGUGAGCGAGAUUUGUUUGGGGACACCACCAUCCUCUCCAGCGUCGUCAGGGUGUGCGGCAUUGUGGUCUGUCUCCAGUGGGCGUUCCUCGCCUUUGUCGGUGGGUACCGUCAACCUUCAAUCUCCUGUGCUUUCUUGCCCUCUUUCAUCUCCGUCGUCGUCGGAAUGUGGAAUUAACAAAGGCACAAUUUUUGCUACGUAG